UCGAGACUGUCGAGAGUUGUCCAGCUCUAGUUUUGCUCUGAAAUUAACCAGCCGCCUGAUAACCAAAUUAAAAGUUAUUAAAUCGGAACAAAUCGCAGCAAAGAGUGCACAAUGAGCGAGCAGAAAACGAGUGGGAGUGGGUCGGCGGCCGCGGCCCGUCUACAAAUCGAGGCGGAGUACAAGGAUAAAGGGCCGCAAUGGCAUCGCUUCUACAAGGAAAUUUGUGAGACCUGCGACCGGGAGGCGAAGGAGAAGCAGUUCAGCACCUCGGAAUCGGAACGCCACACAAACCGCGGCCUGAAUCGCUAUCGGGAUGUGAAUCCGUACGACCAUUCCCGCAUUGUUUUGAAACGCGGCAGCGUGGACUACAUCAAUGCGAACCUGGUUCAGCUGGAGCGCGCCGAGCGCCAGUACAUUCUGACCCAAGGACCGCUGGUGGACACAGUGGGCCACUUCUGGCUGAUGGUAUGGGAGCAAAAGUCCAGGGCCGUUCUCAUGCUCAACAAGCUGAUGGAGAAGAAACAGAUCAAGUGCCACCUUUACUGGCCCAACGAGAUGGGAGCCGACAAGGCCCUGAAGCUCCCCCACGUCAAACUCACCGUGGAGCUCGUCCGUCUCGAGACCUAUCAGAACUUUGUGCGGCGAUGGUUCAAACUUACCGAUCUCGAAACGCAGCAGAGUCGUGAAGUGAUGCAGUUCCACUACACCACAUGGCCGGACUUUGGCAUUCCCAGCUCGCCGAACGCAUUCCUUAAGUUCUUGCAGCAGGUUCGCGACUCCGACUGCCUCAGCCGCGACGUGGGUCCAGCCGUUGUGCACUGCAGUGCCGGAAUCGGGCGGUCGGGCACCUUCUGCCUGGUGGACUGUUGCCUGGUCCUGAUCGACAAGUACGGAGAGUGCAAUGUGUCCAAGGUGCUCUGCGAGCUGCGCAGCUACCGCAUGGGCCUCAUACAGACCGCCGACCAGCUGGACUUCUCCUACCAGGCGAUCAUCGAGGGCAUUAAAAAGCUGCACGAUCCCACCUUUCUUGACGCUGAAGAACCCCUUAUUAGCAACGACACAGAGACUCAAACACUGGAUGAGCUGCCGCCGCCAUUGCCGCCACGCGUCCAAUCGCUUAACCUGCCACUGGCCCCCAAUUCCGGCGGUAUACUUUCGCUCAACAUGCGCGCGGCCCAGGCUAAUGGAGCUGAGAGUAUCGGCAAAGAGCUGAGCAAGGACGCCCUGAACAACUUCAUUAACCAGCACGACAUGAUCCACGAUGCCGAGGUGGCCGACAGUCGUCCCUUGCCGCCAUUACCCGUGAGGGCUUUCAACGAAUCGGACAGCGAUGAGGAUUACUUGCUGGAUGACGAGGACGACACAGAUGAGGAUGAGGAGUACGAGACCAUUAACGAGCACGAUGCCGAUCCAGUUAAUGGUCACGUGCCCGCAACAACACAGCCACAUGCCGACGAUGUCAAUGCCAACAACGAGAAGCCAGCGGUGCCAGUCGACGAGCAGCACAAGGCGAACGGCAUCGAUCCAAUUCCAGGCCAGCUCCCAGCCAGUCCCGAAAACGAGCUAAAGCGGCGAAAACGCAACGAAUAUCAGGCCAGCCUGGAGCAGAAGGUCAACGACAUGAAGCGGAAGAAGCGGGAGAACGAGGACAACCAGCUGGCGGCAAAGAAACGAAGGUCAUUACUCACAUAUAUUGCCGCUGGUGUUGUGGUGGGCGUGAUCUGCGCCUACGCAUACACGAAGCUAGGUUAAGUGCCCCGUAGCCACUAAGUAGCCGUAGAUCAGUAGUAGCAAUAGCUGUAUGACGUAUUUAGUUGCCGUAGGAGACCGAUUCCCCCCUGAUACCCGAUUUCCGACCUCCGAUCCCCACCUGCUCGUCCGCCUGACGCGGCAUCUAAUGCGGGCACGAAUCAAGGACGAUGUGCAACGGAUCGGAAAGGAUCAGAGAUCGGACGGAAUCGCAUCGCAACGCCACGCAAUCGCACACGGAUUGCGGAUGGCGGAUUGAUUGAGCUGAACGAACGAUAAACGAUGCAUAAAUAUUAGGGAAUUUUUUAUAUACGAAAUACAAGAAGGAAAACAAAAGAAACAAACAAAACAAAACAAGCAACUAAACUAAACUAACGAAAAUCGGGUAGAAAUCACGUCAAAUGUAGAUUUUGCGCAAUAGACUGACAUUUUAGAUCAAAUUUAUUUUCUACACUCUAAAAAUGGAUUGAUAACAACCGACCAGAUGCCCCAAACGAGCCACACCAAAUGCAAAGCUCACCCUACUUGCUCGCUAUGCUUAAAUUAUUAUGAAUAUCAUAACUACCGAUGUUUCAAGCACCAGACAACCACCCACUACACGCUUCACUUGUUGUUGUACAGCAAUUUCUUAUAGCAUACGACCUAUGUAUAUUUAUUUAUGAAGAUUAUGAGAAAUAACCACUUGUUGUAGUACAUGGCAAAAUAUAAAGUGCAGCAAUGUGCCAAAAAGAUCCGAAUCGGAGAAUUGUACGAAGUCCUAAACGACUCUUAAUUUUACUUUCCCGCCCUCUACCACUAACUUUGAAUUGUGUUUAAAAUUAAAAACCCUUCCCUUGAAACGAGCACUUUAUUUAUGAAUCGAAAUUCAGCGCGAUUAAAGCAAUAACUUACGGAUAAACAAAACAGCUCGAUGUACACCUAUAUCUCGUUUAACGCUUUUAAGGAGUGUUAUAAUCAAAAUUGUUCAUUUCGCGCACUCCCCCCGCUAGAUCUGAAAUCAAAAUAAAGUGAUUCUUUUUUCAAAUUGCGACCGUGGACUCGUGGCUAGUGGCUAGUUGCAAAUCAAAUUAAACUAAAAUCGGUUUACUAAGUCGCUAAGCGAAGUAUAGGUGUAUGAUUUAAUUAUAAUCCCGGUUUUGCCAUAGCUAAACCAUUUUGUAUUAGAACGCGAGAAGGAAGAAGGCGAAAGACUAUUCAAUGGUUUUUCCAGUAGAGUAAGUGUGCAGUCCCAAUCCCAAGAAACAUAUUUAUAUAAACUUGUAGCGUGAGAGGACGCAAAUAUUUUUUAUAUGUGUAACCCACAAUUUAACGAAAUUCAAGUAACCACCCACGAAAGCGAGGCACUACGAAUCCAUAUGAAAUCGGAUGUGCCCAGGAGGAUAACUAAUAAAGGAAAUACAUAUUUAUAUUAAGAAUAUUUAACAGAAACAACAUGAACAAUACCUUUAGUAAUGCCUAGUUAACUAAACGUCGGCUAAGUACACCAACCGUACACUGAAACAAAUCCAACACAACACAGUACUAUACAAUAUUAUGCCUAUGAGAGAGAGAAAGGAGGAGCAGAGAAAGUAUUCAAAUAAAGCUAUACGUUUAAGACAUGAAA